AUGGCCGUCGGUAGUUCCCGGAACGUUGAAGCGAUCGAGCGACAGGCAAGCGUACAGAAGGAGCAGGGUAUUGAAGUCUCAGACACGAGUCAGGAAACUUCGGCCAGUGUUCAGGGAAAUAAAGAAGAGACGAGCCCGCUCAAUUUCCGGUCCCUGAAGAACUCCAGCAAGUACACAUUGAUGCUGCUAGCCAGUGCAAACUUUGCACACAUGACGGCUUUCUCGCUGCUCGCUCCUUUCUUCCCGAAAGAGGCACUCAAAAAGGGCACAUCUCAGACUGUGAUCGGACUCAUCUUCAGCGUAUUUGAAUUUGUCGUGUUCUUCACCGCCCCUGUCUACGGGGCCAACGAUGUCUCACCCAUGUACUUGUUCCCCGCCCUCAGAGAAAGCCUCACCCAUGGCAUCAUGGAGACGGCUACUUCCUUAGGGUUCAUGGUUGGCCCGGCAAUCGGCAGUUUUCUCUACGAGGCUGGCGGAUUUGGUCUCCCCUUCUACGUCAUCGGCUCCUUCAUCUUGUUGAACGGUGCUCUUGUGUGCGGAUGUCUGCCCGAGUCUACCGGGUAA